CUUCCAAAAAAAAUAAGCAACUAUUAAUUAACAUGGGUUCCAUGCCAUCUCCUUCAAGAAAUCCUACUCGAUAUCAAGAAAAUAAUGACCAAUAUUAUCGUAUUUAUGCUUCAUUUUGUGGCAAAGAUUACACUCCAAACAUUAACAUGUCGAAUUGGAUAUCGUGUUACCAUCCUUCAACAAAUUCCUGGCAUCGACUCACUACAAUUCCAAGCCUUCUCGAGAACCAAGUGCUUAAAAACUUCGCCAUGGUUUCAAUUGGCGAAACAAUUUAUGUAAUAGGAGGGCGACAUUGUAACAAGGUUAUUGUUGACACUGACGAUAAUUAUGUUAAAGAAAUGAGCCCUGGUGUGCGCGAUGAGGUACUUAAAUAUGAUACUCGCGCAGAUACAUGGUCAACUUGUGCCCCUUUAACUACGCCAAGGUAUAAUUUUGCAUGCACUUGUAAUGAUGGUAAAAUUUAUGUUGCUGGUGGACAAACAACGUUGGACAGUGCUGAAGGUACUUCUUUUGCUGAAGCUUAUGAUCCUGUUAAAGAUGAAUGGGAACCUUUACCAAAUAUGAGUACCUUGAGGUAUAAGUCUGUUGGUGUGCCAUGGCAAGGUAAAAUUUAUGUGGUGGGGGGAUUUGCUAAAAGAGGAAACUGUGAAAGCCAAGGACCAUAUGUGAUGGAAAGAAGUUCUGCUGAGCUGUACGAUCCACGUCAGCAAAAUUGGGAGUACGUGGCAAGAAUGUGGGACCUAGAUGUUCCACCUAAUCAAAUAGUAAAUGUUAAUGGCAAAUUAUUCAGUUCAGGUGAUUGUUUAAAUGCAUGGAAAGGACAUAUUGAAGCUUAUGACGAAAAUCUAAAUAUAUGGAAUAUAGUGGAUGGCUCAAAUUCACCAAUAUCCACGUUAGAUGCCACGGUGGCAAAGUUGCCACCUAAGCAAAGAAUAUUUUGCACCAUGGCACCUAUUGGGACUCAACUUUACUUCUUAGCUGGAUACCGAAUGCCAGGUGAGAUAUCGAUAACGAGGACCGAAGUCCAUGUGUUUGACACGUCAGCAACAGCUAAUGGUUGGAGAAGUUUCGAGCCAAUUGAGGAAGAGGGAGAAAAGGAACUUUGUUGUCAUUGUUGUGUUCUUAAAAUGGAUUAAUUCACUAGUAAUAGUUUAUAUGCUACUAAUAUAGAAUAAGAACGACAAGUAUAGAGAGGAACGACUGAUAUACUGUCUCGAUAAAGUCGGUUGUAAAUCCCAAUAUAUAUUGUUUACGUUGUAUGAGACUAAUUAUAGUAUAUAUAGUGGAUCAAUCGAAUUUUGUUAGCGGACAGAAUGUCAGAAUUGUAUGAAUAAAAACAAAUUUAAAAAAUAUGUAUUUUAGAUUAUUUUUGAUAGACUGAGUUAAAUUAAUAAAAUUUAAUUUCCCCCA